UAAGAUACCUGUCAACCGAUACAAACUGAAUGACUACGAUUCUUCAGUUCCUUUUCCAAGGCGUACACAUUUCAGAUUGUAAGAACGUUGUUAGUGAACAAGAAGAAGCUAUUGAAUGUGAUUUAUGUAACAAGUGGCAGCACCGAACAUGUGGAACCGGUAUCACACAACGUCAGUAUAACAAAGCAAUCAAGGCCAAUCGUGAUAUUCCAUUCACGUGUCAGAAAUGUCUCCGAAGGAAUCAAACGGUCAGCUCGAGUCUAUCCAUGGCUUCAUUACACACAAUGACAAGGAGAAGCAAGUUCCGUUGGCAAUUAUCUUUAUGUCGAGGAGGAAGAACGACGAUUAUGUUCAGGUCCUUACAAGUAUCCGUGAUGCGUUAGAUCAUGUGGUUGUAGAAAACCUCGUAAUGGAGCAAGCGGCGUGGUUGGCGGUCCGUCAGGUAUUUCCGGGAGCAACCAUCAAGGGAUGUGUUUUUUACUUCACACAGGCUGUUUGGCGCAAGGUGGGGGACAUGGGGUUAAGGCCAGCGUACAUGGAGAAGGCGUCUAUCCAUACGUACAUUAGAAACAUGAUGGCGCUACCAUUCUUUCCAGCCGCCGACAUUGAGCCAGCAUCCAGCUGCUUGCUGCUAGAGCUAACUCUGAACAGAUCACCAGGUUCGUGAGAUACAUGGAGGAGCAGUGGUUGAACCAUCCAAUAUUCGGUAUUGACUCCUUGUCAGUGUAUGGGAUUAGUGUGAGAACUAACAAUGAAACUGAAGGCUGGCAUCAAUCCCUAAAUAGGAAAGCAGGAGGCCAGCACCUGACAUUCUACCGCCCUCCAGGUAGAACUCACAAUGGAACGUACAGCACACCAUGAGACACUUGUUACCUGAUUGUGAAAAGUUGGUGUUUAUGACAUUUUGAAGUAAAGAUGUUAUGUUUGUGAAACUGAAAUGCUUAGGUUUGGUGCAUGAUGACUAGGUUUAUA